GCACGAGCAAAACGUCGGUGGUUCCUGCACGCCAGGCCCAAGCUUCCUGCAUACCCCGCCUUGCCUUGCCUUGCCUGCCUACCCCACUAUCGAUCAGCUGCGCCUAGGCUACCAGAACGGCGGCUGGCGACCUGCGUCUUGGAUGCUUCGCUUCCAUGGCCUCAAGAGACGUCACGAGUAGGCUGCGGCAGAGCACUUGGAAUGGGAGUAUUCCGCUCGAGAUACGGUUGCACAAGGGUGACUGUAGAACGUACGAUGAGUCGGAUCCUUACUUAAUACAAUUCCCACGAAUAUCCUAUCUUGGCUUACUCAUACACAAACUACAUGCCUUCUUCUCACGCAGCCUCAUCUACCCGGACGUCUCACCCAAAGACGCAUGGCUAUCCUACGAAGACGUGCCGCUCAAAUGGCAUUACCCCUUGGGUCUCCUCUAUGACCUCUACUCAGGUGCUGAGCCAGCGUAUCCUUCAGACACAGAUACAGAAGCUGUGCAAGCUCACAAGGUUGAGAAUACAGAGGAAGACGGCCAACAUUUACCCUGGCGUCUCACACUGCAUUUCUCUGGCUUCCCUUCCGAGCAGCUUGUUCAACUCGAUAAUGACGAUAGGCACAUGCAUGAUCUAUUCAUUCAUAGCGUGAAGGAGGCGGAUUACCUGAGAACAGGAACGGGGAAAACAGUCAUGUUCUUGAGCAAAGAGGACAGCACACAGCUCUGGAACGGAGUGAAGAAGCACGACUUUGCGCUGUACAAUCCCAUCAACCAGAAGUUGCUGAAUCCGCAAGGGGUCAAUCUGAGACAUCUGCCGGUCAGGCUGUAUCUCCCGCAUGCGUCGUCAGAAGGGGUGCAAGAGGAAACGGCGCCAGGGAGUUUGAGAAUUGUGCAGAGGCUGGUCACGCCGAACCUGUCGUCUAGGCAACCACAGACCAUCGGGACUGCCUUGAACCAGAUAUUGCCGACACUAUUUCCGAGCAGACGAAGUCCGCUACUGGCACAGGCAGUGCUGCACGGUGCCGUCUUGCCGCUGAGCGCGAGUGUGGAGGAGUUGGUUCGGGCGACAGCAUAUCUUGAUGGCUGGCUGCACAUAGCUGUUGUUAUGAUGGCGUGAAUAAGUAUUUUAUGCCCAGACAAGUCGGUCACAUGGCGACCGAGUCAUGAGCAACACUAUACGACCAUGGUUGAUAACGACGAUAUUGGCUGUUUGGGAGACGUCAUUAUAGCGGACACGGAAACACGCCCCAGAUGCUAGCCCCCAGCUCUCUCGCGACACUUGCUACGGCUGGUGAUGUGUGCGUGACAUGGUGAUGCUCCUCAGCGUUUCAAAG